AUGACAAGCGCCAGUCGAUUUCAUGUAUCGAAUUCUAGAUUGAUAGCCGACGAAAACGACAUUCCCACCUUCGUAACAAUGCGCGUCCAGCUACGUGAUGGUGUCGAACUCGCCGUUGAUUACCUUCCUGUCUCGAACACAGGACGUUUUCCUGCGAUCGUCGAGCUCACGCCCUACGGACGGGGACCCACAGGAGUAAGUUUUCGCUACGAAGGUGCCUAUUGGCACGAGCUCGGCUAUGUAUUCGUCGUCGCCGACUGUAGAGGCACUGGUGACUCGGGUGGUGAAAUGGCAUUUUUCGCUCGCGAGGGUAAGGAUGGCUAUGAUCUGGUCGAAUGGAUCGCGCGUCAACCGUGGUCUGACGGCCGCGUUGGAAUGCGCGGCUUCUCUUAUGCUGGAAGCAAUCAAUGGUAUGUCGCACGAGAAAAACCACCCCACCUAUCGUGCAUUACGCCAAGCUCGACAGUUGGGCGUCCGAUGGAAGACAUACCCUAUUACAACGGCGCGUUUGCGCUCAGUUGGGCGCUAAGUUGGAUAGGUUACGGUGUGAACAUCGCUCGACCGCCACCCAUCGAGGCCCAUAAUGACCCUACAACUUGGCUAACGCACCACCCGCUUCGCACGUAG